GAGCGCAAGGCAUAGACUGAGCAAGGUCACAAACAGGAAGACAAGACACAAAGCUAUAUCAAAAGCGAACCACUCACAGGAGAAGAUGAAGCCGAUGCUGUCUAUCACGACCCUGCUUGUAGCUCUCGCUCUGGUCACCGAAGCCGUCCAAGUGGAAGAAGGAGGCUUCAGCUUCCCACUUGAUGCAGUGAAAAAACUCGAAGAGCUCAUGGGGGUUGACAUGACAGUGAAACAGAGCCCUCGCCUGGCAAAGACCAGUACUACGGCCGUCUGUACCAACCCAGGCCUGCCAGCUGUGUUCUUGCCCCUCUGCAAGAGCAAAGGAGCAGCCAAUUCUUUCUUCAGACUGGGUUUUGUGGCAGCCCGAGCAGACCUCUGUGAAAUCUGUGCGUUCGCUGCCUGCACUGGGUGCCUCUGAAAGUCCUGAUCCUGACUGACUGUCACACCCUCCCCCGAGUUUUCAUUUCUCCGUUCUUUAAAUUAAUUUUUAAAUUAGCGCACAAUUAUCUGAGAUUUCCUGAUAACAAUGAGGGAGAAAAUAUGCUUUUUUUUUUCCUUGUUCAUUUUUUUAUAUCAUUUAUUAAUGCGAACAUUUGUUUGGGUUUGUAUUGUUUCAUGUUUAAUUUAAUACUCCUAUACAAAAUCCAACCUUUUACAUUGGAAUAAUGUGCUGAACGUGCGAAAGAAAUGUUUUUUUUAUUUUUAUUUUUCUAUUGUUACUUUGGCUGAAUUUAGCCAUUAUAUGCUAUUUAAUGGUUCUUAAUUUUGUGUUGUUAUCAUUGGCUUCCAGAGGCCCAAAAGGUAGCUACUAUAUAUUUAAAAUAGCCUUUUUUUAUAUUUUUGUAAAUACAGUAUUAGUAUUGGGGCCUAUUUUAACUUGGUACAAUGCCGUUUCUUGGUUCUUCAUCAUUUUAAUAAAAUGCUUUAAAAAAGUUGA